AUGUCUAUGAGCUCAAAGUCCACUACCAUGUUUCGCCGUGCGUUACUCAGCGCCCGCACGGGCUCGUCCGUCGCCGAGUCCUGCUGCCGAACUAUCAGACCCGUGGCAUUCGCUCCGUCCAGGAGUGUCUUUAGCGCAGCCAGACUGUCUACUCUUACAGCCUCAGAGACUCGUCGUCGACCGACAGUGCGACCGCAUCAGCAGUCCGUAGCGGCCAGCGGUGUCAACGGGAUGUCCCCGACUAGCAAGCGAACGAUCUUUAUCCAGACAGAAAUCACGCCUAACCCCGAUGCCUUGAAAUUUAUCCCUAACCACCGUGUCAUUCCCGAAGAUUUCCCCACGUCUUUUCUCGAAUACCUCAAUCCUCGCUCCACCCUCGCACCUCCCCAUCCCUCUCCGCUCGCCGCCAAGCUCCUCGAUGUGGAGGGUGUGACAUCCGUCUUCUACGGACCGGAAUUCAUCACUGUGACUAAGUCCAGUGAUGUGAACUGGGCUCAUAUCAAGCCCGAGGUUUUCAGUCUCAUCACACAAGCCGUGACUUCGGGUGAGACGAUUGUUUCGGUUGUGGAGUCUGACAGCACCGAGGGCGCUCAAGAAUACGAGGAGGACUCGCUCGCGUUCAAUGAGGAGGAUGACGAGGUUGUCAGCAUGAUCAAGGAGCUUCUGGAGACCCGCAUCCGACCCGCGAUCCAGGAGGAUGGCGGUGAUAUCGAGUUGCGUGGAUUUGAGAACGGCAUUGUCAUGCUGAAGCUGCGUGGUGCCUGCCGGACCUGCGAUUCCAGCACUGUCACUCUGAAGAAUGGUAUCGAGUCUAUGCUGAUGCAUUACAUUGAGGAAGUCAAGGGAGUUGAGCAGGUCAUGGAUCAGGAGGAGGAGAUUUCCAUGCAUGAGUUUGCUCGGUUUGAGGAGAAACUCCGCCAGCAGAAGGGCGCCGGCGCAACGGCUAGUAGCCCGUUGGACAGUGCGCCGUAA